AUGUUUGUUUCCCUAAACAUCAAACGCAAUUUAGUCCAGGGACUGACAGCUAGAGUGAAACGCAUCUGUUCACCCGAAGCUAUUGAAGAAGAAAUCAAACAGCUGCGGAUCACUCUUCGGGAGAACGGAUACCCAAAUAGAUUUAUCCUCCGACAUCUUGGGAACGCGUCGCAAAGCCCACCGUUGCGACUGCGGAAAAGGAAGAGGUAUUCAUAACAUUGCCUUUCACAGGAAAUGCAAAGGGCGGGUUAGUCAGACGGCACUUAACUGCAGCUAUCACGAGGGCAUUUUCCGCGGAGAAUUUACGCAUAUGCCUCACCAAGUUGACACUCUUAUGUCUGGGGGGGGGGGUAAAGACAGACUACCGUUGGAGGCCACAUCAAUGUGCAUUUAUUCAUUCAAUUGCUCCUGUGUAGCAGGAUAAAUCGGCCGCACUAAGAGAAGUCUGCGUAAGAGGGUGCGGGAACACAUGCCCGCCUGGCUAGACAGAGGUAAGACCCGGUCGAUUUGGAGUUCUAUUUUCGCACAGUUAAUCAAUACGAAUCACCGAGUCGAUGCCAAGAAGGCAUUUCAGGUUGUCCACUUGACGCCAACAUGCUUCUCUAAAGGCCUACGCAAACGGAUACUGGCAACGGCUGAGGCAGUGGCUAUAGGGCUAGCGAAUGCGGUGUUAUGCUGUCAGAAAACCCUGACACGAACGCUCUUCCUGCCAUAUUCAACGCCAACCCGAAGUGAUGACGACAUGCCGCCUCAAAUCCCUAAUUACAGUGAUAGGUACUCCGUGUACUCUAUCCAAGAACAUCACUCAAAGACUCUCUUAACCCCCUCCCCAAGCUCUGAGGACCAACACCCGCCAACCUUGACAUGCGAGCGGCGUGGGGAUGAUGAGUGUUAAUGACUUAAUAGCCUUUGAGACACCUAUAAGCACUGUCGAUUUUGUACAUUUUCAUUCCUUCAUGUAAUUGUAUUGGCCUGACGAAGAAUUACCGAAACACAUGUUUGCCAACUUAACUUCUCAAACAAUUUUUGAAGGGAACCCAGGAAAAAAUAUGCUCUCUUUUAGCCGUUUGACAAAGAAUCACUUCAGCGUUAUAUUUUAUGCUUGAAGAAGGAAUAUAAUUAGGUUUUAAAAUGCUUAAUUAUGAAAUUUUUUAAGACGGAGUAAUUUCCAUUCAUAGAGCAUCGCAGCUGUCCGUUUACCACUUGUCCUCAUGAAGUGUACGACAUAGUAUGCAUCCAUUGUAAAAUUUAUGGACUCUUUAUGAUGCCUUUUUGAAGGCAUCGAAGAAUAUGGUUUUCUUUAUGGGGAAGGCGUGCACCUUGCAGCCUGAAAUCACUAAGCCCAAAUGCAACGACUGAUCAGGCUCCAAAUUAUUCGGUAAUUAAAAACCUUUUCUAAAAGUUAAUUAUACUCCUUCAUCCAGCAUAAAAUAAAACGAUGACUUGUUUCUCUGUCAAACGACUGAAAGAAAGCAUAUUUUUAUUCAUGUUUUCUAUGAAAUAUAUUUUAACUUGCAAGACCAUCGAAAAUCAAUGAGAAAAAUGUAUGCUACUUAAGUAGUGAUUUUUUCCCGAGAACGCUUUCUAAGGCAGUUAGAAAAGCAGUGUGUUUAAAGGCCGACAUCCUGCCGAGUCUGAAGCAUUAUAGGAUUAUGCCGCAUGGUGAUCAGUAUUAAAACCGCGCCUAAUCAAUCCUUCUUAAUCGAAAACGCUUUUCAGAAUUUCAGCUAAUAUUUCAUGAGAUCGCUCACUCACUGUACGGCCGAGGAGGAACUCAUGUUGGUGAACACGCCACAUAGUUCACUGCAAAGGCAAGCUUAUACUGCGUGAACAGUAUGCCAACAUAGAUCAGCGUUACCACUCAAUUUGGAAACGCUCAGCAUUUUGUCUGUUAGCUCACCCUGAUAGUUCUCAGUCGCGUUUAGUUGUUGAUUUCUGGAUUUGCCAACUUUACUGUGUCUUCCCCUUCAUACAACCAGUGGCCUGUCCUAGUCAAGUCAGUUGGAAAUAUUAGUGCAUCUACUGUCUGACGUUACGUAAGGUUCCCGUCUCGAGAGUUCGACCGUAAACAAUCACCGUGUUCACAGCGGAUCUCACAACAAGGUGGUAGCGGGGAGGGCGACCAGCGCGUAAAUAAGUUUCAAGUGAUAGUAGGCUCACGCUACUUCUACCUCCUUUUCCCCUCUCUCACAACCCUGAGACUAGUGCUACGAGGGAGUUAAGAGGGCCAAAGGCGCGAUUAGACGCAGUAAAGUAAAGGGCUAAACAAGCCCACUCCGCAGGUCACACGCCGCUGCUCCAUACAAGUUGCUGGGGCGGCAGGAGCCUGCGUCUUGGCGCGCUUCCAUCCCCCACAUCUGUGGCAAUCGGUCUAGGUGCGCAGCUUACAAUAAUGCGUUGCGUAACAUUAGCUGAGUUGAGUGUCUUUGAAAAUGAGCUCCUGCAUGACCCGUCAUAGAGGGCACGGUCUCCACCUGGCACAUAAAAGACAUUGACUCUGACGUCAGCGUGGCGAACGGUGCUAAAAAGCCCGCUUUAAGAAGGAGCCAUUGAGAUUUGGCUGUUGCCCGACGAGAUGGUAGACGUUAAUAAUUCUGUCUAUAACUAGAGACACACAAGGAUGGAUUUCACAAUAACGGCCACAAUCCCGAGCUGAAUGUCCUGAUUUGUCACUUGACAGACGGCGAGACAAAGCAUAGUGGUUAGCGUGUCGGAGCACUUUUGACUAUUGAAUGUCACAUGACCCCACAAAUGCUAUUUUAGCAGAUUCUUGGUCCACAUACUGGCGUAGGUAAAAGCAGGUUUAGGUCUGAUAUCUGGGAAAAGGGUGGAAAUAGUCAGUGCGUAUAUGACCAAGAUUUAGAUGAAAUGACAAUUAAAUAGUUAUCCCGACAUAAUAACGGUCACUAGUCACUUUUAUUUGUCAUAUUUCACAGGGCUCAAAUAUAUGCACCUAAAACGUUCCGGCUGGAAUAAUAUCUCAGCAGGGACUCAGCAGAAGGUGUAAGUUCUCGUGGAAAUCAUGUGAGUAAAUAAUGAUCAAUUAUCAAACAAUGAACUGAGUUGCGGAAGACAAUACACAUUCACACUUUGAUGUAAGGACGCUGUCUAGUUGAACAGAAGAUUUCGAAGGGCAAAACAUUAGCCGCAAGUGGUUUACUGAUGAGUUAUCACUCUUGAACAUGCUGUCAAUCAUUGUAAAAACUACCUAAUUGACUUCCAUUAUCUAUUUUCAUUAAAACGUAGGUGCUGCUCCAGUGUUGGCCGUCAAAGCGAAAGCCAACCACAAACGGUUUCGAUCGCUCCGCACUGUGAGGGUGAGACACUCGUCAUGCACGAACUCGGACAUGUCAUGGGGUUUUGGCACGAGCAGAGCCGACCCGAUCGCGAUGGUGAGUUUCCGAACGAUGUUUCCAAUAAAUCGUCAAUGUUAACAGCUGAUCGGCGGCCGUUAGCUGGCUGCACGGGCACAUCUGUCCAAUACUGCCUUAAAUUGUCAUAGCAAUUACCUCUUUCCUUUUUGCAACAUGAUACAUGUAUGGCCAACUUUUCACAGAGCGUUAUUAACAAACACAGAUGGAUAUUGGUGAAUUUCGUUUUUCAGUCUACAGUAUGACUGGCUGGGAUGUCAAUUCAGGUUUACGAGAAGUAUUUGGCAGGGCUGCUUUACACAGUCACCCAAACAGGACAUGGCAAUAGGAACGGUGGGCCCAAGUAAUAAAGGCGGAACUGCACAUAAUUCCUGAAGGGGUAUAACUACACCCUGUCCUAAUCCCAACAAGACCUGUAAUGUAUAACUUUACCGUUUUUCUAAUCUUGACAUUAUCGCUAACCUAAAACUUGACACUGUAGCUAACAUUAACCCCAACGUUAACCCAAAACUCGGUCCCGACUUAUCUUAAUGUAAACUUUGAACUUACCUUUUUACCUAAUCCUUAGGCUGAUCUAACCCUAGCCUUGGAACUAACCCUGUUUCGGUUGGUAUUUAACGCAAAGGAACCCGUUUUACAAGUGGUUACUGUUUGCAUAUGCAAUUUGGGGGCUACAUAAGUCAGUGCCGCCAAAUAAUCUUUUAGGUGUUUGUUUUGUGGUGGAAUUACGUCCACUGGCACUUUGUAAGUGCCAUUUUGCGGUAUCCACUUUUAUUUGUAUCAGAAAUUUGGGCAGCAUAAAAUGCUUUUUUUGCAUCCUUUUCCAUAUUAGAUUAUGUGGAAAUCUUUGAGGAGAACAUUGAAGACACAAAAUUGUUUAAUUAUGAUAAGAAGGGUACUGAUGUCAUUGAUUCACUUGGCGAACCCUAUGACUACUACUCUAUUAUGCACUACCACGAUGCUGCCUUUAUCAAACCUGACAAGAAUCAAACAAUGAGGCCUACCAAAUGCUGUCCAAAUCCAAAAAUUGGCCAUGCAAUUACGCCCAGCGUCGGUGACAUUAGACAGGCGAAUAAGCUCUACAACUGCCCCUGUAAGUUGAGUUGUGUUUGUCACAUUUAUCCGGAUGUCCCCGCAUUUCAGUGACUUUAAAGUUCCUUUGUUUAUUGUGACAAACGCAGCCGUUGCCGAUAGGAUGGCGGGGUACAAUUAACGCGUAUUGGCGGAGUAUGCGGUCAGUCGCGGAUUCAUCUAUUAGACACGGUUAAAUAGUUAACUGUUUCCGCACAUGACCUAUGAAUCUGAUGGGGACCUGUGAAUUUAUCUCCAGAAUUUGCGCAGUAAAAUUUGUUUCUUUUUCGGAGAAUUGAUCUAUUUCUAGUUUAAUAUUCUGGAAUGCCUAUUGUUAAUUACGAAUAGUUGCUAUUUUUGGUAAUCCCUUGGGGCGGGGAACAAGGUCUUAGGUAAAAUACGACUAUAAACAAAUUUUGAGACUUGCCGACACACUCUAGUUUCUCGUCCCGCAUACAAAUGCAGGAUGACUAUUAUCAAUUGGUUAUGGUUGGAUUAAGCAUGUGAUUUGCCCCGACGCAAUAAAAACAGUUUAUUUUCUAAAUCGGACUUUAGAACUCACGUUUCCAAAUGGACAUUGCGCCUCUUACUGCAUUAAACAAGUGUCAAAAGGUUUCACUAACAUGACCUACGAUUCUAAUCGGGCAAGUUGCGUUCUGAAACAGGGCAAAUAACGUACACUGGCAGUUACAAAUUUAUUGGUUCAGUAUAACAAAUAGUUUGUCCUUUUUCUCAGCAACAUUUGCUGUCAAAUCAUUUAGUAAACCGUGUAAAUACGAUUGACGUACUUAUUUCCCCAGCCUGUGGACGGACGCUUAUAGAAAACUCCGGCACGUUUGCUGCUCCACAGGCCGAUUCACUCCGUUGGACAGCUGAAACAAACGAUCAGCAGCAUGAACUGAAUUUACUCGCAAAGCAAGUUAACAAAAGUCAGUUGUACAAAGAGGUCCCCUUGGAGGCUGCUAGAACAAAUCAGGUAAGGUCGUCCAUAGAUGCACUUCCCUCCCAGGGCAAGACGCAUACGUCCAAUCUCAAUUAUACCACUCCGAAUGCCAUUUUCUGUCAGUGGAGAAUUGUAGCGGUCAAUCAUGAGUACAUCCGCCUAACGUUCACGCAUAUGGACAUGCUUUCUCCUUCACAGCAGUCGCCAAGUAGUAAACACAGUCAAACCAUUUCUACAAAGGAUUCCCGUCGAUGCACCAAGGAGUUUGUUGAAGUCAGGGACGGGUAUUAUUCUGGCUCUCCUCUGAUGGGUAUGCUGAAAUAACUUAUUUUAUCCAUUAUUUUUAACGGUUAGGUAAAUGUCCAAGCAUGAUAUGAAGUGUUUUAACACCCUAUCCUGACCGCAUUCCAAAACAUCUAUAAUUCAGUCCAAGAAUCAAAGUGUGUCCGGGGAUCUACGAAAGCAAUCACAACAAUACAUUUUCAAUACCGGAGACGUUCCAUAGAGAACGGGAGUUUUAUUAACCUAUCCCGUUAUUUGUCGGUCAUACUAACGCAUUUCGUUUUCACCUAUGUAUGCGAUGCUGAACACGUCACAUUGUUACCAACCUUUCAGUCCCUUGUUGUUACUAAAUUCUUUGAAGCGAACAUACGUCUCGCGUGCAUUCUUCAUUUCACCUGAUACAUUAUCAGGGAAGACGCGAUAAAGGUAUCAGUCUAUUUUGGGGUCUUUUGCUAAGGUCUAGCGAAAUUAGGGCGAGCGUUAAGGCUGGGUUCGGCGUUAAGGUGAGCCUUAGUGUUGAGGUUAGGAUGAAGGUUAAGGUAGGGUAAGUCAAGAUUGGUGUUCGGUUUAAGGUAAGGGCUAAGAUUAGUGGCAGAGUUUAGUUUAGGGUCACUGUUAGGGUUUAGGAUGGUCUGACGAUAAGCGUUACGCCAAGGCAUAUCGAUUUAGAUGCCACAUACAAAAUCAUUAAGGACAGAUUCAAACCGAGUCAGCCAAUCCCGAGAUGACAACCUUAACCAAUCAUGGAUUCCUUUUGCCAAACUCAGUCUAAAAGUUAAUUGUUUUUGCACACCUGUUGUCUGAAGACGAGCUGGGGAACCAGUCUCGAAAAUUCACAAUAAAAUUUUGCUGUUUCCCAAAGAACUUCACCUUUCUAAAUAUAUAUUUCUUUAUAUUUUUAGACGACCUUAUUGACUGGGCUUUUAUUUUCGUAACUUAUCCGUUAUCAAGGCGCAGGGAAUUAAUUAGCAAUCUGUUAACACCCAGGACAGAUAGUAAAAUUUAAUUGUACUUUGGACACAUUUUAAACAAUGACAUGCAUUGUUCGAUUAUUGAUAUAAAAGUUUGUGUUGUAACCGUUUGUCUAAAUAGGAGAGGAUCUUAAUUUUCAAACUCAUAAACUUGUGAUAUUCAACAUGACAAUAACUCCCUGUACUUUCGUUUGGCAUACUGCCCAAUUUUCCAUUCUUAGGUAGGUACUGCGGAAAAAAAAUCCCACGAACACUGGUUUCGUCAAGCUCCAGAAUGUUGA